GAAGAAAGAGUUUGUGUAUGGGAGGUCAUGAGAGUGUCGAAUAGGGUUAACGAAAAUUUGAAUGGCUUAUUUGAUACGUGAGGCUUAUUUAAAAUAAUAGAAAUGUCGUAAUACUUAGCUUAUUACGAGUUUACUGAGAUAAGUAGAACACGUGACAUCCCGGCAACUUUGAUAAAAAAAAAAAAAAAACACUUUAUAUCGGAGUCGUGCCCGUUUUCACACGCGUACCUGUCCUCUCAUUGGCUAGAAUGGUUCCAACUGAUCUUGCCUCCUCCCGACUGCCUUUUUAAAUACAUGUAUUUUCAUUGUUAGAGUGGCCACUUGAGUAUCUGGUCAACAAUAGAUCAUCUGUGGUAUCCAUCUGGGAAAAUGCUAUAUGGACACUCCUGACCUGCAAAUUGAUAUUUAAUUUCAGAAUCGGUUAAAAUUAGGUUACGGUAAGGGUCAGUUUUAUAUUUUAGUUAGACGUUUGCAGGUCAGCAGUGUCCUUAGGUCUCUCCCAUAGAUCUGAGGAACAGAGAGGAGAGGGGCAGGAUUCUGAGGUGAGGUAUAGAGAGACAGAGACAGGGGAGCCGAGGUUGAUCGCUACAACAACACUCAACUCAGUCAGGACGGAAUAAGCUGCUAGAGACACACUGCGGGGUCUGGGAAGGAAAUCUGUCACAGGGGACGAAGAAGGAGUGAAAGUGUUUAUGUUGCUGGAUGGACUUGUAUUUUUAUAUCGCAACUUAGUUUUUCCCUUUUCCUCUCCUUUCCUUUUCACCGCCCUAACGGAUCGCAUUCCGCGGAGCAGCUGCGCUUUAAUGCCCCUGCGCACUCGAGGAGGAGAAGGAGAACAGAAGGAGGGAGAAGGAGAGCAGAGGCCUGACUUAUCGGAAACCGCUCCGCCGCCCCUCACGCCUCUCCCCCGUGGCUGUCUGUCCCCUCUUCCCUCCUGGCCCUGUAUGGACGGGGAUGGGGAGAACCGGAUGUUGUUACCGCGGGGCUGAGCGCCUCGCAUCCCCACCGAGGGUGCCCCGCCUGCGGCCGUUGCUGGUGCUGCUCCUUGCUCUCUGCUACGGGGCUCACAGAGGUGGUCAUUGCCAGGUGGCCACCCCUCAGUGUCGUAUCCACAAGUGCACCACAGACUUUGUGUCCCUGACGUCUCACCUGACCCCAGCGCUGGAUGGCUUUGAUGUAGAGUUCUGUAAGGCUCUGAGGUCCUACAGCGCCUGCACCCAGAGGACAUCCAAGUCCUGUAGGGGCAACCUGGUCUUCCACUCUGCUGUCCUGGGCAUCUCCGACCUCAUGACCCAGAGAAACUGCUCCCGUGACGGGCCCACCUCCUCCACACACCCCGAGAUGCAAUCAGAGCCCUGCAACUACCACAGCCGCACCCAGCAUGCUCACACACACCCUCACACACACACUCACACGCCGCCAGGGUACCUGUUCUGCGGGCUGUUCGGGGACCCCCACCUGCGGACGUUUAAGGACAGCUUCCAGACCUGCAAGGUGGAGGGGGCGUGGCCGCUUAUUGACAACGACUACUUGUCUGUGCAGGUGACCAACGUUCCAGUGGUAACGGGAUCCAGCGCCACGGCGACCAAUAAGAUCACCAUCAUAUUCAAGCCCUUUGAGGAGUGUACAGAGCAGCGUGUUUACCAGGCAGUAACAGAUGACCUGCCCGCUGCCUUCGUAGACGGUACCGUGAGCAGUGGGGCCCCUGACCACAACGUUAACGGGAAUAACGGUGACUCUACCGGGAAGGCGCUGUGGAUCUCGGAGCAUAGCCCCGGUCGCCACGUGGAGCUGCAUGCCAGCUACAUCGGCGUGACGGUUAUCGUACGGCAGCUGGGGCGCUACCUGACCCUGGCGGUGCGCAUCCCGGAGGAGAUGGCUCAUGCCUACGACGCUACGCAGGACCUGCAGCUCUGCCUGAAUGGAUGUCCUACCUCGGAACGCAUCGAUCGGGGGGGUCACCUGCCCCUCCCUCUACCACAUACAGCCCUGGGCUUACAGCUCCAACAGCCACACGGCCAGGGCCAGUCCUCACACACACACUCCCACACGGCUCCCUACAGUGCCCCCCAUGGGUUCAGUAUGGAGGGUGCGCGGGCACGCUGCAGGGAGCAGCUUGAGGUGCAGGAUAUUUAUUUCCACUCGUGUGUGUUUGACCUCCUGACCACCGGGGACGCUAACUUCACGGCAGCGGCGUUCAGCGCUCUGAAGGACAUGGAGAGUCUCCACCCCCACCGCGAGCGCUGGACGAUCUACCCACCCAGCUCAGCCCACACCUCUCAGCCUAUCACAUGGCUCCUACUGCUUACGCUCUGUGCGCUCGGAUAGGCACUGGUAUAGCGUGAGUGUGUGUUUGUGUAUUUGUAUGUGUGUGUGUGUGUUUGUGUAUUUGUAUGUGUGUGUGUGUUUGUGUAUGUGUGUGUUAAUAUAGAGGUCCUAGCUGAGCUGUAGGAUAAAGUUCCCUCUUGAUGCAGAUCUAAGUUCAGUAUUGUGUUUUUCGCUCUAAUGGUUAUGAUUGGGGAGGGUGACCUAAGCUGAUCCUAGAUCUGUGUCUAGGAGAAACUUCUAACCAGAGCCCCUCUGGAGAUUUACCCUUUUCUUCUUCUUGACUGAACACCCCAAGGCAUAUUACUGCCACAAAUGAGCUGCAAGCCCACAGGUCCAAGCCCACAGGUCCAAGCCCACAGGUCCAAGCCCACAGGUCCAAGCCCACAGGUCCAAGCCCACAGGUCCAAGCCCACAGGUCCAAGCCCACAGGUGGAUUCUGAACAGAUUCCAUGACACUCUUGUACUAUUCCCAACUCUGCUAUGUGGGAUCUAGCAAGCCUUGUGGAGAUUAUGACCUAUCUAUAUGUGAGCAAGCCUUGUGGAGAUUAUGACCCAUCUAUAUGUGAGCAAGCCUUGUGGAGAUUAUGACCCAUCUAUAUGUGAGCAAGCCUUGUGGAGAUUAUGACCCAUCUAUAUGUGAGGAUAACACAUAAAGGAAGACCCCAAUAAACACUCCCAACUUGUGUAUAUUGUAGAAACACACCCCAGACUGUAAAUAGUGUGUGUGAGUAUUGUAUCCAGGAACUCUGAAUGGCGUCGAGUUUUUGUUGUUAUUUUGGCUUGAUUUUGUUGUGAUAGUUUUUUUUAUACCUCAGACAGGAAGUUGAUUUAACAGAAGCACUUUAUUUAUUUUUUGUUGCUAAAUCCACACCAGUGUUCCCCCUCUCUACCCCACCCCCUCAACCUUUCCCCUCUCUCCUCUCUACCCCACCCCCCUCUCUACCCCACCCCCUCAACCU